AUGCAGGUAGCCUCCAGCUCCUUGGUUCCUACCACCACAUACCCGGCAUAUCACAAUUCAUAUUAUCCAGCGCUAACAGCCCCUCAAGACUUUGAUCUUAAGCGACAAUAUCUCGCUCUACUUCCGCCCCAACAGAUAAUCGAAAUAUGCCUCACAUUCGACGCAUACGUACCUCCCUAUGCCAAAACUACCAUCUGGCCACCUGAUAUCAACGCUGCCAUCGCAGCGUUGCAAAAGCCGCCCCCGACAGAUGAUUCGCAAACACCUGCGGGCCCACAAACGACGGCAAUCAUGGAUUCGCUAGGACCAUCCGCCAACGCCCCAUCCGCGCCCUCCAAAGCUGCAGAAUCACCCAGCGAACCGCAGCCUCCUGACAGAGAGGCCUCAGCGACCCCCGGCCCAUCAAGCGCGCCCGUCGCGUCGACCAGUACCGCUGACCAAAAUUCAACAGCGACUCGACCCGUUUACCCGCAGCAACCUUAUGGAUAUGGGCAUUCACAAACGGCUUAUCCUCACGCACCGUAUUAUCCGCCACCGCCCGCAGGUUAUCCUUAUCCGUCAUAUCCUGGGUAUCCACCCAUGUCGAACGGGUACACCGCGCAAGGAUACCCACCUACAGCGACAUCAUUGUAUAACACAUCUGCGCUCGCGCAGGGACCAGACGGUCCUCAUGCGGACGAUCUGCCUAGCUAUGAGGAAAUGAUUGUUGAGGCUCUGACAGAUAGCGGCGACCCUGAGGGAUGUGCACCCAAGGACCUCUUUUUCUGGAUGGCAUCUCGAUAUCCUCUUCAGUCUAACUUUCGACCAUCAGCUAGCCAGGCGCUUCAAAAAGCUUUCAAGCGUGGUCGGUUCGAGAAAAGCAGCGGUGGAAAAUAUCGAUUAAACGCUACAUGGGAAGGGGGCAGUACUACCCGCCGUACGACUCGGAGACCGCAAACCCACAGCCAACCGCAAGCAGCGGGCGCUACGUCCGGAUCACCAUUUACACAUGCUCCGCUCGUUCACCAUCAUUCUACGACUGCGCAAGCUCAGCAGCCGUAUCAAAAUUCGUACGGCUACCCAUACUCACACUAUGGGUACCCGCCACAGCCACAGGCAACCCCAGCACCACAACCUGAAAAACCGCCAGCGCCACCACCUACAACGGGAGACGUUUCCGAUGCCUACGAGGCGGCGCAGAACAUUCUCAAAGCUAUCAAUUUUGGGAAUUUGUUACAGCUACCCCCAGAGGAGACGAACGAUGGCGCUACGCCCGACCAGCCGCCUUCUUCUCCGCCGAAGGAAAAUAAUGUUUCAGCGAUGCCAACUUCGCCGGCUGAUGUUCCUGUUGAGCAACCACACCCGCGCGCAGAGCUUCAAGCGCAUUUGGCACUGUUGGUGGCACAGCUAGCUGAGCUGGCCCAGGCUGAUGGUGAGUGGUUGAUGCAGGAGGUGGACCCGCCACCGCCAGUGGUACAACCGCCACCUCCGGCACCGCCGCCAGUGGUGCUGCCUCCGCCUCCAGCACUACCUCCGCCGGUUCUAGCUGUGCCAGAAGAGGAUGAGGAUAGCGAUGACGGUGAUAUGGAGGAGGUUGCUUAA